AACUCUGGGGUUGGCCUGGCUACCGCCCGCUGCUUGGAGCACCUGGCUUGGGCGCGAAGCUGUCCAACGUCUGCAGUCCAGCCUCUUAUAGACCUUCGAGACAGAGUUAAUUUGUCGUUCCACAGCAGACCUACUACUACAGUACUAGGUCACCAGGAGCUUGUUCUUAUUUUCACUCGCCUCCUCGGCCGCUGCAGCUUGCCCCCCGUAGUUCAUGCUCCUAAAACCCCAGUGUAGAGUUUUGAUCGAUCGAAAUCUCAUGAGAAGUUUAGUUGCCUCUUUACUAGCCGUUGAGUCACUAAUUAUUGAGCAAUAGUUUCGUUCGUUCUAGAAGCUAGUGCCCAUAACUUUAACAUUGGAGUCCACGCCACGCGGGAUGCAAGGUUCGGCGUGGAGACCACGGGUCCCGUGCAGAAUAUGCGGUGCGUUCGCGAAUCAAAACGCGUCUAGCGGCGAGGACGGUAGCGUGGUUACAUCCGGCCAUACCGCGGUUACCACGGCCAGCGCCACUGGCCAUAGUACCAACAGUUGUACUGCCUGCGAUGCGUCCGAGUCGGAGUCCCACUGCUUACCAGGUCCCGCCGGGGAAACGGCAAGCCGCAGCAGGGAGGCCAAUCCCAGCAGCAGCACAUGCGGGGUCUCCCGAGAUUGCGGGGUCGUCAGUGCGUGCCUUGGAAUCCCUGCAACUAGUAGCUGCGCCUUCCAGGACCGCCAACUGCGCUGUAGCCGCAUCGGUCACGCAAACGAGAAUUCUCAGGACGGCGCCGCGGAAAGGGUCGCCAAAUCGCGCUGUCAACAAGCAUCAUCGUCAGUCGCAGCCGCGCCAUUCACGGCGUCUGCGCCGGCUCUUCGCGCAGAAGAGCCGCUCUUGACGGCGGCGGCCCAAGAGCCCAGCGGUGGCAUGCCUACCUGUACUGCUACUACAAGUAGUGCUUGUAACGGUACUACUAUCAGGCAGGACCUCCCGAUGGGCCAGCGUCGUAGCGCAGCAGCGGGCAGCUGUAACCGGGAAAGCAGUCCUCGUAAGUUACGGGGACUCCUGAGCGUGCUUCUCGGCGGCGGCCCCUUGUACGGAGAACGGAGAACACUAAAAGCGGGAUGGGUCCGCGUGGUUGGGUUCGUGCGGAGAGGGCCCCGGCAGGAGGGGGAGCAGAAGGAGCCGCCGGGGAAACACGCGAAAGGGCCACCCCCUGACGCGCUACGAGGACCAGCAGGCGGCGGGGAGGUUACCGAGAGUAGCACCAACUCACAUUUGACGUUUGGUGAUUGGGCCGCUGGAGGGGCUGACGCCAGGGAACAACCCGGUGUUGCCGUUAGGAGUAGCAGUAAGCUAGGACAUGAUGCGCUGGAUCCGAAAGGGCCGGGAAGCGCCGCGGGCUGCAACGGGGCUCUGCUAAGCGGGAAGCGGAGGGUCAUUCUAGCGUGUGUCUCCCCGUCGAGGGUGGACGCAGAUGGGGGGGUGGCCGAAGGGGGGCAGGAGGGGCCGGGUGACGCGAGUCCGGAUGGUGGCGACGAUGCUGACGCGUCUGUCAGCUUUCAUGUGCUUCGGGAGGGGGGGGAUGAUGAGCAAGCCGAAGUGGCGAGCCGUGUCCCUCUAGCCGAGGGGGAUGGCGGUCAGGCGGAAGUGGCGAGCCGUCUUCCUCCAGAGGAGGUCGAUGGCGGGCGGGCGGAAGGGGCGAGGCGUGGCGCGUAUGGGGAAGGUUCCGGCGGAGUGAUGUGGAGCCAGCUGGCGAAGGCUGCACUGGAGCCGUGGGAGACGCGUGACUAUAGCGGGGAUGGCGUGCUGGUCUAUGUCCCGCACGUCAACCCGUCACCAAAGCCGCCGACGGCCGUAACAGCAGCAGGUUCAACAGCAGGAAAGGCAGCGGCAAGACUGGUCACAGUGCAAGCCCCGGUUUCAGCACCCUCGUCGCCAUCGUCACCAGCGGCAAGAAUGGUCAUUCCUCGGACGAACUCCACUGGGAGUUCCCGGCCUACAAUGCCAGCAUCGGCUGUUGCGUCGCCUCAGCCAGUAUUCAAAAGGCUGCCAGAUGACCUAUGGCCCCGAUUGUACUGUGGUCAUGUGCACUGGAGGGAUGGGAGUGUAGGUGGGACUGAGGGCUAUGAUAGGUGUGAUGAUGGAGUAGGUGGGGAAGCUAGUGCUGGUUGUACGAACGGGGGUGAAUGUGAUGGCACUGGAGAAGGGAGGAGAGGAGGGAUGGGAGAAUCAGCAGAAGUUAGGGGAUGCAGAGGAGAGAGAGGUGUGGACAACGGCAGUGGAGAAGAGGGCAAUGGCGGUGCUAGUGUAGGAGAUGCAGAUGGGAAGCAGUCACACAUCCCAUCGACGCCCAGUCCUCGCACCGCUGCUUCUAUCAUACGCCAUGCUCGGCGCAUCACGGUGCCUACUAUGGCUUACGAACGAAGCUUUUUGAAUGCUACGCAUGGGAAGGGAUAAAUCUUGAGUAUGGGAGAGUAGACACGUAGCUUGUAGGAAUAACCUAGGAAGAAUAGGUAUGAAUGUGUAUGUAGGCCAUGACUGUAACUGCUAAGACCUGGCUUGAAAAGGUAGCAUACGUCGUAGGAAAAUGUGUACCGGUACAAUUGAUGGAGUGUAAUUGGCUAGAGUGUAGUUGGCUAGAUUAUCUUUGUUAUUUCUCUGGUUCAGUGACAUCGGUUCGGUGCUGUU